AUGGCCCCAGCAGGAAAGGUGCCCCCUUCCCUUCCCGUCUGGUCAUUUCCCACUCGGCUAACACAAAAAGUCCUCUACACGAGAGAAUCUGCAAGGAAGGAGUAUUAUCCCAUUCCAGAGGCGCUCAACACGAUAGAUGUUCUCGACGUUCUACAUAACCACACCUUGCUCGCAAAUACAUUCUGGCCGUGGUCAGAGACCGAAGUGGUUCUGGAAAAGCGCGGUACAACUGAGCUUGUAAUCAGCUCAUCAGCUGCUAGCACUAGAGCGACAAUGAGCACGACAGCCGAGGGGAUAGUCUAUGAGGAGGAAAUGCCCCUGGGUCUCAAGAUGACGAUUGUUUACAGGGUUGCUGACAUGCAAGACCAACCGCGGGAGAAAGACUUUCCAGCUUCGGCUGGUCCAACGUCAUUAGCUGAGUCGCGCCUCUAUGUAGUGGAGGAGAGAUCGGUGGCGGCACCCAGGCCACUCUCAAUGCUUGUCAAGGUGAAGGAAGGGCCGAUCGAGAAGACCCCCCAUCUAGUCUGGCUGCUCAACGAACUGGGCCGGAACGGAAAGAACAUGACGGAAGCUUUGACUGGUUUGCGAGGCUUAGCGGGAGACCUGGAUGAUACGGGCGAGCCGGGAAAAGCCAAAGCAGACUGA